CCGAACCCGGGAAAUUCACACUACAUUGCGUCAACGGUUACUCAGUAAACCGGGGGAGGUUACGGAAACGGAGAAGAUGAGGCCGCAGAUAGUUUUGUUCGGCGAUUCAAUAACGGCGCAGUCGUUCAGAUCCGGGGGAUGGGGAUCUGCUCUCACCGACGCGUACUCUCGCAAAGCUGAUGUGGUGGUGCGUGGCUAUGGAGGCUACAACACCAGAUGGGCUCUCUUCUUGCUUCAUCACAUUUUCCCUCUCGGAUCUUUGACUCCACCUGUUGCUACGACCAUAUUCUUUGGUGCAAACGAUGCAGCUCUCAAAGGAAGGACCAGUGAUAGGCAACAUGUGCCAGUGGAAGAGUACAAGGACAACAUCAGAACAAUGGUUCAGCAUCUCAAGAAAUGUUCACCUACCAUGCUAAUUGUGCUCGUCACUCCACCACCAAUUGAUGAAUCUGGACGCCAAAGCUAUGCAGAAUCAAUCUAUGGUGAGAAAGCUAUGACAGAGCCUGAGAGAACAAACGAAACCACAGGAAUCUACGCACAACAUUGUGUUGCGUUAGCCGAGGAACUCGGUCUGCGGUCUGUCAACCUUUGGUCCAAAAUGCAGGAAACCAAUGAUUGGCAGAGAAAAUACCUAAGUGAUGGACUCCAUCUCACGCCUGAAGGCAAUGGUGUAGUUUAUGAAGAAGUUUCAAGAGUGUUUAGAGAAGCUUGGCUCUCUCCUGAUGAAAUGCCGUUCGAUUUCCCUCACCAUUCUCAGAUCGAUGGUGAAAACCCAUCCAAAGCUUUCCAAGAGCGUUGCUUAUAAGGAUUUGAUCGAUUGCAGCUUUCUUUCUUUGAGUUUGUAUGCGAUGUUUUAUUACCGACACAUUUAUGACUCUCUGUUUCAAAAUAUCCACAUUUCAGAAAAAAAUUGUUUGAAAAAUAUCAUUAA